CUGCUCCCACACGCAGGAACCAGACCUGUGGGGGAGGAUACGGUGUCCCUCCUCCAGGGUAAGGGCUUCCUCCUUGAGCCAGCAUCCUGCCCCAGGCAGGAGUAUAGCUCUGCAGCUCCGGGAGCCCCUUGCAGACUGCCUGCCAGCAGCACCCCACGGCUCCAGACAGGAGCAUGGCCCUAGGAAGGUGGGGGUUCUGGGCGCCCUGCCGGAACUGCUGCUCUGUGUGCUCCACUAUGACGGGCUGCGUGCUGGCCAGUGUGCUGGUCCUGGUGGGCUUUGCACUGGGAAAGGCUCCUGUUUCCGAAGUCCGGACCUGCCACUUCUGCCUCCUGGAAGACCCUUCCGUAGGAUGUAUUUCCGGCCCAGAGAAGUGCACCGUCAGCAGCUCGUCCCCGUGCAUGGUGAUCUCCAUUUAUUACAAGGUCAAGGUCCGCUUCAACAUCCGAGGCUGCGGACAGAUCAAUUCCUACCGCUGUCAGGAAAAGCGCAACACCUACUUUUCACAGUACUGGUAUCAGGUCCAGUGCUGCCAGUAUGACUUCUGCAACUCCUGGGCCAGCCCCCAGCUCCAGGGCCCCCUGCCCGAGCCCUCCGCAGAGCCCCCGGCCCUGCCUCUGUCUGACACCCAGGCCCGCCAGUUCUACCAGGCCCUAAACCUUUCCCUGCCCCUGCCUGGUGUCCAUGCGGGGAAGGAGCCCAAAGGCAUGGGUCCCCCAGUACCCUUGCCCCUGGCACUGGGCUUGUCCCUUGCUGACCUGCGCCGCGUGUACUUGUUUUUCAACAGCUCAGGACUUCUGGUUCUGCCCAGGACUAGGUCCUGACACCUUCCCUGCAUACAUCACACCCCCGGAGUCCUCUGAACCCCCAACCUGUGCUCCCUGCACCCUCCUGACUUCCCUCCCUCCUUUGAGUUAGGUUUCACCCCACCCACCCCCAUCUUAGAAAAACCCAGGUGUAGAUUCGGCCCAGGCUGGCUGGAGAAAGACGGGGGUGGUUCCCAUCAUUGAGUGCUCCGCUCUCCCACACUGGGUUCCUGCCACAUCCGCUCAGGUCUGGCACCGUGUCCCCUCACCCCUGUCUCUCAGCCCUGGUGCUGCCCUGGCUUUCCCCCUGCAGAGGUCCUGGCCUGACAGUCUCUGUCCCUGCUUCGCUGUCCCCAGACCCACCCAGUUUUCUACUCAGCAUCCUGCCACAGUCUUUGGCCUCCUCAGCCCCCUCUUACCUCACUGAGUCCUCGUGCACCCACUGAG